AUGGCGCAAGCCAGCGGGCCAGCCCCCAUGUCGGGCCAUUACUAUGCCGUGGCCCUUGGGCACUGUGACGCCCUGCCGCACAUUCAUCUCCCGUCCAACGUUGAGCGGCCUAAGGCACUGGUUCCAGGUUGGAUGCAGCCUGGCCGUCGGACCUCUUCUUACCUACGACGGGCUCGUCCUGCAAUUCGCGCCUUCACCGAUGACCCAAGUCCUAGCCAACUGGAUUCCCAGGUACCCGUACCCUCACAAGGCCCAGGGAGGGGGCUUCUUGCACGUGAGCUAAGCCUUUUCAUGGGACGCACCUCGGCACCCGUGCAGCAUCACAUCUACCGCUACCUGGCUACCAUUCCACCUACGCUCUAG